AUGGGAUAUAUUGCAACACUCAAUGACUCCACAGUAGACUUCAAUGAAGUCAAGAAUCAUGAGGCGGUCAAUCCCCUUCCCGCUCCAGCUAUUGACAGACCUCCCAUCCUUCCAUCUGACCACAAUGAUAUUGGAAGACACAUCCUCUAUGGCAAAGACAUUCCCAUUACGGACUUAUGCAACUUGCACCGGCUACCUGAUGAGUCCAUGUGUCAAAAAAUAUUUUGGUCCAUGGGUCUAGAGUCCAGAACAAGCCAUAACACAAAGGGAGGUCAGGAAAAGGUACUUGCUGCAUUUGCCACGCAAACAGACAAUGCCAGUCCUUCAACUCAGGCUGAAGAUCCUUGGACCAUGAACCCCAGCAACAGUGUGGCCACAGUUGAACCAGCUCAACCAAAUACAUGCAGCUUCCAGGGCGGCAAAUUGGCCAAACACCUAGCUUACAGUCACUGUCCAGAUCCUUUCUGUGGGCCCGAUGGAAUCGCUCCUCCUGGUCACAUUACAGCCUGGUGCACCGGCAAAACUGCAGGCGGUGCUUGA